AUGGCUGGCAUGGAUCUAAACCUGUCCCCAGUGGAUUUGACCUUGAACCUAUGUUCAACAAUCUACCAGAUGGCUGAGAAUGCGACUGCCAACAAGAAGCGCUGCCAACAAGUCGCCCAGAGAGUCAAAUCACAGGAGGGACUGGUUCAUACCGUGAAACAAAAGGAGCCUAGCGUAAUCUCUGAGACUGUGGAGAACGCUCUGAAGGAACUCUGCAGCACUCUGAAAUCUGGCAAGACGCUGAUGGAGAAACUUUCUUCCGGCUUGGUGGAGUCUAGCAGCUACGAAGACGAGUUCUCCAAUCUGAACGAAAUGCUCACUGAUAACUUCCAGGUUCUGUCAAGGGUUAUUCUGAUUAACCAGGGACACCCGAAGCAUCAAGGGUAUGAAACUGUUGGAGGAAAGACACGUACUAGCCACACAACCCCUCUACUCGAAACCAUGCCCCCGUUGAAAACGCAAAACCCCACAGAUGCUAUCCCUCAACCCAGCACCAAGCCCCAUAAGGCAAUGCAUAGCCCCACAGAUGCUAAGCCUCAACUCUGCACCAAGCCCCCCAAAACAACACAUAACACCACAGAUGCUAAGCCUCAACUCCGCACCAAGUCCCCCAAGACGAUGCAUAACCCCACAGGUGCUGAGCCUCAACUCCGCACCAAGCCCCCCAAAACAACACAUAACCCCACAGAUGCUAAGCCUCAACUCCGCACCAAGUCCUCCAAGACGAUGCUUAACCCCACAGAUGCUAAGUCUCAACUCAGCACCAAGCCCCCCAAAACAACACAUAACCCCACAGAUGCUAAGCCUCAACUCCGCACCAAGUCCUCCAAGACGAUGCUUAACCCCACAGAUGCUAAGUCUCAACUCAGCACCAAGCCCCACAAAACAACACAUAACCCCACAGAUGCUAAGCCUCAACUCCGCACCAAGUCCUCCAAGACGAUGCUUAACCCCACAGAUGCUAAGUCUCAACUCAGCACCAAGCCCCCCAAGACAAUGCAUAACCCCACAGACACUAUGCCUCAACCCAGCACCAUGCCCCCCAAGACGACGGAUAGCCCCCCGGACACUAUGCCUCAACCCAGCACCAUGCCCCCCAAUAUGACGGAUAGCCCCCUGGACACUAUACCUCAACCCAGAACCAUGCUCCCAAUGACAACGUUUUACCCCACAGUUGCUAUGCCUCAACCCAGCACUAUGCCCCCAAUGACAACACAUAGCCCCACAGAUGCUAUGCCUCAACCCAGCAUCAUGCCCCCCAAUAUGACGGAUAGCCCCCCGGACACUAUGCCUCAACCUAGCACCAUGCCCCUCAAUAUGACGGAUAGCCCCCCGGACACUAUGCCUCAACCCAGCACCAUGCUCCCAAUGACAAUGUAUUACCCCACAGUUGCUAUGCCUCAAACCAACACCAUGUCCCCCAUGACAAUGUAUUACCCCACAGUUGCUAUGCCUCAAACCAACACCAUGUCCCCCAUGACAACACAUAAUCCUACAGCCCCGAUGCUUCAACCCAGCACCAUUUUUCAAAGUCCCAUGCCCACUAUGACAAUGUGUCACCCCACCGUUCCUGUGCCUUUUGGCUGGGUCAUUCCUUCCAUGGCGAUGUCUAACUCCAUGUCCCCCAGGUCCUCCAUCCCUUUCCCCACCCUUACAGUCCCCAAUUCUGAUAUGGACACAAUGGAGAAAUUGUCAUUGGGCCUGGAGGAGUCCAACAGCGAUGGAAAUGAGUUCUCCAAUGUGGACAAAAUGCUCACUGAUAACUUCCAGGUUUUGUCGGGGGCUCUUCUGAUUGACCAGGAAAAUGUGUCGCACCAAAUGUAUGAAACGGUUGAAGAACCCUGUGCCCACCACGUGUCACCCUACAUCUCCUGCUCCCGUCGGCUGGUUCAUUCCCUCUGUUGCUAUGUCUAACUCCAUGUCCUGCAUCCCUUUCCCCACCCUGACGGUCCACAAUUCUGACGUGGGCACGAUGGAGUCCAGCAGUCACGAUGACGAGUUCGACAAUGUGGACAAAAUGCUUACUGAUAACUUCCAGGUUCUGUCAGGGGCUCUUCUGAUUGACCAAGAAAACAUACUGCACCAAAUGUAUGAAACUAUUGAAGGAAAGACACAGCCACAUACUCUCCUCGUAGCCCCUCAACCCAGCACUAUUCCCCCACCCAGCACCAUGCCCCCCAUGACAACCCAUAACGCCACGACAGGAUACCUCAACCCAGCACCAUGCCCCCCAUAACAACCCAUAACCCCACGACGGUAUGCUUCAACCCAGCACCAUGCCCCCCAUAACAACCCAUAACCCCACGACGGUAUGCUUCAACCCAGCACCAUGCCCCCCAUGACAACCCAUAACCCCACGACGGUAUGCCUCAACCCAGCAAUAUGACAAUGUUUCACCCCAUAUCUCCUGCGACUGUUGGAUUGUUCACGCCCUCCAUGACUGUCUAACUCCACGUCCCCCAUGCCCUCCAUCCCUUUCUCAACUCAUACAGUCCCCAAUUCUA